UCGGGUUGCUUGACAGUCCUGAAGAGGAGGGCGAGGACUGCUCAGCUUUACUUUCCUCUAGUCUGUGAACACUUUCUUUGUUGUUGUUGAUGUGUGUAGUUAGUAAGUAUGGUGACACUAGUACUUUUAAAGUCUACUUUGCAAUAAGUUGCUACUAACUUGCUGAGGAAUCCAACGUUAGCCUGAAUGUAUUCAAACGGCUAACUAACGCUAACCUCUCCAGACUGAACUAAACGAUGAGAGUGGACUCGGAUUUUACUUGUGUUUUUCAUUUUAACGGAAUAGAAAUGAGAAGCGAACAUGAGUCAUUUUAAACUACGAGGGGUUGUUUACAAAAGGAGACAAGGGGGAAAUUACACUCUGCUAGGACAAGAAAACGCAUAAAGACAUAAAGGAACAAUUCCAAACAUAAAUCCUGUGGUUUUUUUACUGGUUUCUGGAUUCAUUGAUUACAAAUUAGGUGUUUUCUCCUGUCCUACUUUGUGUGGAAGUCCCUGAUGCAUUCACCAAUGGAGAACUGAGGGUGAGCUGACUCUUGCCCCCUCUCAACAUGCUGGCUCUGAGGCUGGAGCAGGGCAGGCGAGGGGGUGGUGAGGUGGAUCGCUUGCAGAAAGGGGCCACCGUGGCGUGGCAGGGCCGCCAGCCAGGGAGGCCCCCUUCUCACGAGCAGGGCAUUAACAUCAGGGAGAAGAUCUCCCAGUGGGAAGGUCGCAGUCAGCAGGGAAGCAGCCAGGAUGCCGGGGUGAGAGCACACCCUCCGAGUGUAUCCCGAACUCUUUCUGGGGAUAUCCUUGGCAACGGAUGUUCCAACGAGAGAGGGGGGCUUCACGGCAAAGCCAGCCUUACAAAAACUAAGAGUUUAGAUUUUCGGGAAACCCCAGAACAAGCAGGACAUCGUGUGGUCGGUAGAAAGUCAGAACCCUUGCAGAAAUGUUCCACAGAAUUUUCAACCACAACCCCAGGAAAUAAACCACCUGCAGCACAGAUAUUUGCAUCUCCCAAAGUGGAGGCUAACACUGCUAACUCGACAAGUAAACAAAUCUUAGCCGUCAAUGGCGACCAAAAAAUGGAUUGCAUCUUGGAUGUUGAAGUCAUUUCUAAACCUCUACCUCUAUCAACUGACGAUCAAGAAGACAACAUGCCUGCCGGGAACUUUUACACAUCUCGGGGUUUCUGGCGGAAGCUUGAGGGGGACAGACUCCUCUGGGAGAAAGGCAGAGAGUCUUCAGGUGACGCUCAGGCUCCUCCCAAACCUCAGCGCACAUUCCAGUAUCGGGGAGCCAAUAACAACAACAUAGGGCACACAGCGCGAUGGGACAGCAGAUCCCCUCAUAACAACCUCUCCACUGUGAGGAGUAGGAGGGUGGCCCACCCACCUAGUUUCCCACCUCCUCCAUGUCCGGUUUCAAAGACAGAGGGGCUUUCAAGACAUAAAAAGAACAGGAAGUCCUUUGAGUACGAGGAUGCGGCACGUCUGACGAUGAAGCAAGACACGCUUGGAGGAGAGGCCCGGCACUCAGGCCUUUACCAUGCCUACUCUGACGACAAUAUUUAUGAGGAUAUUGUCUGUGAAGUGACCAGAGAUAACCCCUAUGAGGAUGUCAAACUAUCUCCUAUGUGUCUCCCUAUUGCAAGGCCUCACGUCCCAAAGCUCCCUCCUAAACCCCAAACGCUACAGGGGUACGCUGGCAAACCGGAGAAGAAGGGGGUCCAAGCAUUAACAGCAUCCAAAUCCUUAACCCCAGCAGAUACUCCCAAACCAGCUACGCCCCGGCGCACCAGCACUCAAAAAACACUGAGGACGCCUCAGUACGUCAACAAGAUUGAGACGAUCUUUGACGACAAGCGAGGGAGGAAGAGAGUGAAGAACCAGGGAGUCUCAGUGCGAGAGGAGACCAGCGGGACAGAGAGCGACCCUGAGGACAACACCAAAGCAGGCUCCAAGAGAUCAGUUUAUAUCCAGUCUACACUGAAGCGUCGGCCAGGCUACCGCACCUUGGAGAGAGACCUUAUCCAGCUGCAACAGCAGCAGCUUUUCCAGAUCUUCGUGGUGGUGUCGCUGAGAAAAGGCUCCCCAGGAAACAGCUACUCCCCUGAAAUCACUCAACAGUUCCCCAAAAUGUUUGAGAAGUCGUCUCGGCUCUCCAGAGAGGCCGAGGAUCAGCUGAAGGUCAUUCCCAAGUUCUGCUUCCCUGACUCACAGGACUGGAAGCCCUCUGCACACAUGCCAAGUGAGACCUUCUCCUUCGUCCUGACCGGAGAAGACGGCAGCCGCUGGUUCUGUUACUGUCGUAAGAUCCUGCCCAACGGAAAAGGGAAGAGGCUUCCUGAGGUCCACUGUAUCGUCAGCAAACUGGGUUGUUUCAACCUGUUUGCGAAGAUUUUGGAGGAGGUGGAGAGACGUAGGGAGAUUUCCCCAGCGCUAGUUUACCCUUUUAUGCGUAGCGUGAUGGAGGCCCCGUUCCCUGCUCCUGGACGCACAGUUACCGUCAAGAGUUUCCUCCCCGGCGCUGGGAAUGAGGUACUGACUCUGUGUCGGCCGGUGGACUCCAGAUUAGAGCACGUGGACUUUGACAGUCUGCUGCAGUGCCUCAGCGUCGGGAAACUCCUGCAGGUGUUCGCCUCCCUCCUGCUGGAGAGGAGGGUCAUCUUCAUCGCUGACAAACUGAGUGUGCUGUCUCGCUGUAGCCAUGCGGUGCUGGCGCUGCUGUACCCGUUCACCUGGCAACACACCUUCGUGCCUGUGUUGCCGGCCAGCAUGCUGGACAUCAGCUGCUCCCCCACCCCGUUCCUCAUCGGGGUGCUGGCACCCUGCCUGCCACAGCUGCUGGAGCUGCCCAUCGAGGAGGUGCUCAUAGUGAAUCUGUGCGCAGACAAGUUUGUCGUUCAGCUGGGCGAUGAAGACUGCAUCCUGCCCAGUAAACUGCAAGCAGCACUGCAGCAGAUCUUGGAGGAGAGGGAAGAUAUCCUGAGACAGGAGGAUGGAGACAGAUCUGGAGACCAGCCGGCUGACCUGAGCUCUCUGUUGUCGGAGGCCUUUGUGCGGUUCUUCGUGGAGCUGGUGGGCCACUAUCCUCUACACAUGGUCGAGUCCUCCAACGGAAGCAGGGAGCUUCAGCGCGACAGCUUCCGCAAAUCUCACCCCUCCCGAGGAGUCCGCCAGUUCCUGCAGCUCUUCAUGGACACUCAGAUGUUCGCCGGCUUCAUUCAGGAUAAAGAGCUGCGAAAGGGAGGAGGGAGAGGUCUCUUUGAAGUCAGAGUGACCGACUAUCUGGGUUCCUAUCCUGAGCCGGAGCCGAGUGGAGUGAACAAGUUUCUUAAAGGACUGGGACACAAAAUGAAGCUUCUACAAAUGAAAUAAAAUAUUAGACCAACAUCCUGGCUUUUAAAUUAAGAGACUUUGUGAUGAAAAACUUGCUGCUGGACUGUCUGAGGAAGCGAAUGAGGAUGAGAGAGUCUUGUGUGUUGAUGUGAAUCGGAUGGUUAAGAGUUUGGAUAUCAGAGUACCAGUUUCAUCUCUAUAGUUGUGUAUGCAUGUCUGAGAGCAGUGAACUUCUCAAUGGAUUAAAACUGGAAACACUAUACAUUUCUUUACUAGCGUUGUUUAAAUGUCUGUGAAACUACAAAAAAUCAUUCCAGCUAAUUAACCUCAGUUUUCAGCCUGAACAUGUGUGCUUGUGACCAUUUUGUUUUUGAGUGGAAACGUUUAGUUGGAAUUUGGCUCUUCUUCUGCACAAUAUGUCCAUUUUUACAAUAAAUGCAACUUUAAUGUUACAUUUCAAUCUUAAGUGAUUUCCAAGUGAAAAUAAUGUGUAUGGUUCCAACCUGAUGCAUGCUUUUAUACAUUUUAAUGUAAAAUUCUAUUAUUCCUGUUACAUUCCUUUUAGCACAAAGUGUAAAAAAAAAAAAAACAUGUUUACUCCUGUUUGUUUGUGUUUACCUAGAUUAAGUGGAGGUUUUAUUAACUCUGAUCAGAACAUUUCAGUGUUGAGACUCCAGGUUAAACCUCAAUCAAAAUGCAGAUCGACACAUUUUGAGGAGUCUUCUUACUUUCUCCCUGUUAACUGGAGUUGUAAAUAAUUUGUUUUACAUUUUGCACAAUGUUGAGAACCAGUGUACAGUAUUUGGAAUAUUUUUGUAUUAAAGCAUGGCUUGUCCAACAUACUUUUUAAAUAAAUGGGCUCCCAAGGACAAUA